AUGUCGCAAGAAGAAGUUAAGAAGGCUACUGAAAAUGUCGCCAAUUUACACUUAGAUGAUGUAACCGGUGAAAUGGUCUCUAAAUCAGAAUUGAAGAAGCGUAUCAAAGCUCGUCAAACCGAAGCUAAGAAAGCUGCUAAGAAGGCUGCUGCUAAACCUGUUCCUUCUGCUAAGAAAAAGAACGAUGCUUUUGCUGACUUAGAUCCUUCUCAAUACUUUGAAGCCAGAUCUAGACAAAUUUUGGAAUUAAGAAAAUCUCAUGAACCAAACCCAUACCCACAUAAAUUCCAAGUUACCAUCUCUAAUCCAGAAUUUUUAUCCAAGUACGCUCAUUUAAAAAAGGGUGAAACUUUACCAAAUGAAAAAGUUGCUAUUGCUGGUAGAAUUCACGCCAAGAGAGAAUCUGGUUCUAAAUUAAAGUUCUACGUUUUACACGGUGAUGGUGUUGAAGUUCAAGUUAUGUCUCAAUUACAAGAUUAUGGUGUUGAAGCUAACUACGAAAAGGACCAUGAAUUAUUGAAGAGAGGUGAUAUUGUUGGUGUUGAAGGUUACGUCGGUAGAACACAACCAAAGAAGGGUGGUGAAGGUGAAAUUUCCGUCUUCGUUACCAGAAUUGAAUUAUUGACUCCAUGUUUACAUAUGUUGCCAGCUGAUCAUUUUGGUUUCAAGGAUCAAGAAACCAGAUACAGAAAACGUUAUUUGGAUUUGAUCAUGAACAAGGAUGCUAGAUCUAGAUUUAUUACAAGAUCUAAGAUUAUUACUUACAUUAGAAAGUUCUUAGACGAAAGAAGCUUUAUUGAAGUUGAAACUCCAAUGAUGAAUGUUAUUGCUGGUGGUGCAACUGCUAAACCUUUCGUAACUCAUCAUAACGAUUUAAACAUGGAUAUGUUCAUGAGAAUCGCCCCAGAAUUAUUCUUAAAAGAAUUAGUUGUUGGUGGUAUGGACCGUGUUUAUGAAAUUGGUAGACAAUUUAGAAAUGAAGGUAUCGAUAUGACCCACAACCCAGAAUUUACAACUUGUGAAUUCUAUCAAGCUUAUGCUGAUGUUUAUGAUUUAAUGGAAACUACUGAAUUAUUAUUCUCAGAAAUGGUUAAAGAUAUCACUGGUUCUUACGUUAUUAAGUACCAUCCAGAUCCACAAAAUCCAGAAACUGAAUUAGAAUUAAACUUUGCCAGACCAUGGAAGAGAAUCAAUAUGAUGGAAGAAUUAGAAAAGACCUUCAAAGUUAAGUUCCCAGCUGGUGACCAAUUACACACUGCUGAAACUACUGCUUUCUUAAAGCAAGUCUUAAUUGACAACAAAAUGGAAUGUCCACCACCAUUAACUAACGCCCGUAUGCUAGAUAAAUUAAUUGGUGAAUUAGAAGAUACAUGUAUUAACCCAACUUUCAUCUUCGGCCAUCCACAAAUUAUGUCUCCAUUAGCUAAAUACUCUAGAGACAAACCAGGUUUGUGUGAACGUUUUGAAGUCUUUGUUGCUACUAAGGAAAUUUGUAAUGCGUACACAGAAUUGAACGAUCCAUUUGAUCAAAGAAACCGUUUCGAAGAACAAGCUAAACAAAAAGCCCAAGGUGAUGAUGAAGCUCAAAUGGUUGAUGAAACUUUCUGUAAUGCCCUAGAAUAUGGUUUGCCACCAACUGGUGGUUGGGGUUGUGGUAUUGAUAGAUUAGCCAUGUUUUUGACUGAUUCUAAUACUAUUAGAGAAGUUUUGUUAUUCCCAACUUUGAAACCAGAUGUUUUAAGGGAAGAAAAUAAAAAGGACGAAUAA